AUGCAACGAACAACCACCACACGAAUCAAACCCAGCCACACUGAACGGGCCCCAGCGCUGCUCAACCUCCCUCCCACCAUGCCGCGGUUUAAUCGCCGUGAGCAGCUCCCGCUGCACAUCAAGCGCGCAUUAUGCGCGCAUCACGUCGAGCACCCCCUCCUGCGUCACGUAGAUCUCGCCCGCUGGGUUUACGCCCAGUAUGGCCUGCGACCUGACCGCUCCACGGUCGGCCGCAUCCUGAAGAAUGCCGAGAGUUGGGCUCUGGUCGAACCCACUGCCGCCAAUCAAGUGCGCUGUCGAGGUGGCGCAUGGCCUGAGCUUGAGCAGGCCAUGGCGCGCUGGAUCGCUAACGCUGGCCCCGCGGGCGUACCACUCACUCUGCAGACGAUCCGCGACCACGUGGCGACCAUGGCGCGCAACAUGGGCAUUCCGCCCGUGUUCCGUUGCUCCAUUGGCUGGGUUCGCCGUGCGUUGCGGCGCCAGGGAGUGCGAUGCCGUGCCGCCACCGGCGAGGCGGCGAGCGCCGACAUGGCUGCUGUGCGUGAAGCGCGUGAGAAGGUGCCGCAACUUCUUACUCACCUCGGCUACAAGCCGCGCGACACCUUCAAUCUUGACGAGACCGCGCUGUGGCUCUCUGUGCUGCCUCGGAAAACAUACAGCAACGCGCGGCUUCCCGGACGCAAGGUCUCAAAGGACCGGCUUACCGUGGCGUUUCUCGUUAACGCCGACGGGAGCCAUGUUUUCCGGCCGUUAGACAUCAGCAAGGCGCGCCGUCCGCAUGACUUCCGGCUGGACUACGACCCCGAAUCCGUUUGCUACUGGCGGCACAACGCAAAGGGCUGGAUGACCAGCCCGCUCAAUGCCGCGAUGUAUGCCGAAGGGCGGCACAUCGCGGUGCUGCUCGACAAUGCAAGCUCCCAUAUGCUGCGGGACGAGUGCGCGUGGAGCGAAAUCGUCUGCGGCAUGAGGACCACCUGCCUCAGCAACAUGAGUGUCGGCGCGCGCACCAUCCAGAGGUGCUGGUGGCGCACGGGCUGCCUGCCUCUGUCGUGGUCCAUGGAGCUCACGCAUGUGCAUGAUGAUGAGCCGACCCCCCAUGCUUACCCCGACAUUGAGCUCGACGACGACAUCGACGACGUCGGCGAGCUCAUAAGCGGGCUCGGCCUCGGCACCGGCGCAAUGACCGCCGCCGAGUACGUCGCCAUCGACGAGGGCGAGCCGACAUGCGCGGAGCCGGGGGCGGACCCGACUCCUGAUGAUGCGGACGUGGGCCUGAUUGCGGAGCUAUGGAGGGCGCCGACCACGAUGCAGGCGGUCUAUGACGACUCGGACCCCGUGGGCCGUGAAGCGCGGCGCACAGCACGGGCGGCCUGCGAUAUGCUCAUCGGCUAUGCUCGCGCCGUGAGCGUGACCCCGCGCGACCUUUGCCACCUCUUCGACAUUCGUAACCCCAUCAUCAUCGAGCGCAUGGAGCGGGCAAGCCCCGCGCUCAAUCUCAACAUGGCCCCGCCGCCCAUGCUUUCGCCGGCCGUAACUCCGACGCCAGGCACCCCGCGUCCGCGGGGCCGAGUGCUGCCUGGCUGGAUGACCCAGCCGUCCCGCCGUCAGCAGCUUCUGGACGGCGGGGUUGGCGCCGCGAUGGGCGGGUACGUGGAUGCGGCUGAGUGGAUGCAGAUGUGA